UCCCCCGGUUUCUCUAGGUGAAGCGCAACUUACUCACAAGCUUCAGUAUGAAGCAGGUGUCCAACAUGGCGAUCACGAGCAACGGAUCUCUCGCUACUCUCCUCGUUUUAUUCAUCAUUUCAGCAGCUAUUUAUUCAGGAGCUGCUCAGUUUGCAGUCCAAAGCCAGAACCUCGUAGCGGACAACGUCUCGGUGGUGGAGGGAGAGACAGCAAUCAUCAGCUGUCGAGCCAAAAACAACGACGACUCUGUCAUCCAGCUCCUCAACCCCAACAGACAGACCAUCUACUUCAAGGAUUACAGACCUCUGAAAGAUUCCCGAUUCCAACUGGUCAACUUCUCAGAGAACGAGCUGCGUGUUGCGCUGUCCAACGUGUCUCUUUCAGAUGAGGGCAGAUACGUGUGCCAGCUCUAUACAGACCCUCCACAGGAGGCCUACGCCGACAUCACUGUGCUAAUCCCACCAGGAAACCCAAUCAUCGAGUCCCGUGAGGACAUUGUCAGUGAAGGUAACGAGACAGAGAUCACCUGCACCUCAAUGGGGAGCAAACCUGCCGCCACCAUCAGGUGGAUGAAGGGAGACAAAGAACUACAAGGGAGGUCUAAAGUGGAGGUCACGUACGACAGGAUGUUCACAGUGACUAGUUGGCUGAAGCUAAUCGUCACAAGAGAAGAUGAUGGAGUUCCUGUGGUGUGCAUUGUGGACCAUCCUGCGGUCAAGGACUUCCAGGCACAGAAGUUCUUGGAAGUACAAUAUAAACCCGAGGUGAAAAUCGUGGUGGAGUUUCCGGUGGGUCUCACCAGAGAGGGCGAGAAUCUGGAACUAACGUGUCGGACUAAAGGCAAACCAGAGCCCCAACAGGUGAAUUGGGUAAAGGUGGACGACGACGUGCCCUCUCAUGCAGUUAUCACCGGCUCAGAUCUCUUCAUCGAGAACUUAAACAAGUCCUACAAUGGCACUUACCGAUGUCUGGCCUCUAAUUCGGUGGGCGAAUCGUAUGAUGACUACAUCCUUUAUGUGUACGAUGCCCUUACCACAACCCUUAAACCCACAACCACCACCACUACCAUCUCUGCCACAACCUUCCCUUCAGACAUCAUACAAGACACUGCGGCCAGCACCGAAGCAGCAUCUCACGAUUCACGAGCAGGAGCAGAAGCACAGAGAUCCGUGGACCAUGCGGUUAUCGGAGGGGUGGUGGCCGUUGUGGUCUUCGCCAUGUUGUGUCUUCUCAUCGUUUUGGGCCGAUAUUUUGCGAGACACAAAGGCACCUACUUCACACACGAAGCUAAGGGGGCGGACGACGCGGCGGACGCUGACACGGCCAUCAUCAAUGCCGAAGGGGGUCACAACAACUCGGACGAGAAAAAGGAAUACUACAUCUGAGUCCAGAGGCCUCCGUUGAUCUUAAUUUUCUUCUUUGUUUGGUGGGAGGGAUGGAGGGAGGGUGGGGCAUGGGGGAUUUGCAAUGAAGAAGUGGUUUUAUUUGUCGGUUUUGAUUUUUGAAUGAUGUAGAAUGCUACCCGGGCAGCUGAGAAGAUGUGGGUAUUUGUGUUACAGAGGUCAGGGGUGGGAUGGGUUUACCAGAUGUUGCCAGAUAAGAAGAAGAGUGUAGAAAGCGUCACCACACAGCACCUCCCCAACCGCUGGUACUUCUGUUCAUUUUUUCCACCAUUUGCAGACAAUUCUGUGCCUUGUUCUGAAUUUCUUUUUUUUAAUCAUGCUUUAAACACCAAUCCCUUCUUCUUGAACACACACAUCGACAUGCCGAAGGUACAUGAGGGUAGCGCACACACCCCACCUCAACACCUAUUUCCCUGCACUGUGGACUCUUUUUCUCUCCUUCAGAAUGUCAUCUGCACUAUAAGCAGGUCUGAUCACAUCAGUGUUUUGAUUUCUUAAGCCUAAUGACAGGUCCAGGACACACAUCAUCUGAUGCCUUUAGCACCAUCAAGAUGCUAGCAGUAGUUUCCUUCCCAUUCACCACCAACCGAUGACACCAUUGAAGAAUUCAUCACCGCACCUGUUUUCAUUCUGAAGUAUCAAGUUGGCAUUGCUGCAUUCCCGUAUACUUGAUUCGUUUUUUCUUUACGAAUUAUACGUGCCAGUACAUUUGAAGCAUGGCUGCUGUUCAGAAUGAGCAUAGGUGCAGACAAUUGAUUCUGUUGACAUGCCAUGCUGCACACAUAGAGGUUUAUCGUACCCGUCGCGUUCGGAUAGAUACAGCUGUAAAAGCCCUCGCAGCUAUUUAUUGUUUUCGGUAUAAAGACGUUUUAGGUUUUUUAGUUGGCAUUUUCAUCCAGAAAUGUUUCUUUCCAGAAGAGUCACCAUGAUUGAAGAAAGGUCUAAAUGCUCCAGCUUACAUCAGUUUAUCUUUGUUUUUGCUUUACGCCGUAGGUUUUUUAUUAUUAUGUUGGGCUGGUGAAGGUGACCCUCUAGCACACACCUAAACAACUACCUAAAAUAGUGUCGAAGCAGGCUGUUUUCAAAUUCAAGGGCGAAUGUGGGGGUGGUGGGAGGGUGAACCACGACCGCCACAUUUAUAUAGAGGGAAAAUUUAGGAAUGAUUUGAUUAUAUAAUAACUUUACUACCUUAAAAUGCAUUUUAACAGCCAAAAAACAUUGACAUACGUGUACAUUCAUUGUAGGCAAGUCCGUGAGGAUGUGACGUUGAUGUUAAGCAGUCUAACAAGUGUUUACCGGUAUAUGAUUGCCUGUUAGGUUCAUUGACUAUUUCUGAGGAAAUAGUGGCUAUUGCAGCUAGCUUUUAUCAUAGAGGUAUUUGUAUUUUAUUAUAAACUGCCCAAAUAUCUCAGACUUUAUGGUGCGAAUAACAAACAAGCCACAAGUUCAGCUUGAAAUGUAAGGGGGUGUGCACACAAAGGCGUUUACGUUGGUGGCCGGCGUAUAUUUUCAAUUGUUUCCAAUGGAAGCGCCGUGCUUUUCGAAAACGCCAGUAGCUGGCGAGUUUUGUCCACGCUGAGCGCCGGCACUCGGCGGGUUUUUCAGUGGAGGAGGGGCGGGACAAAUAUCACAACCACCAACUGGCGCAUCGUUCAAUGACUGAUAAACAAAGUCCUCAGCUGAAAAAAGCUGGCAAGGGUCUACAGUCGGUGUCCGCCUGGCAUUUUCAGCCGCGUUUAAACGCUUUGGUGUACACGCCCCUUUAACAGUCUGUGUCUUUAAUAAUUUGCCGAUUUUUUUUUUCUCCGGACUCCUGCUCGUAAUAGUUUUGGGCUUCAAAUGAGUUUAUUUUGAAUCAAGAGGGUAUCUCUAAAAAAUUAAAAAGCUUUUAAUAACAUUCCAAAUAUUUUAGGAAAUUUGUCUACAAUGUAAUUAGAUGCAUAUGUGGAUUUCCCCAUAUUUACAGUCAACACACGAUGCUAACCAAAAAACACCACCACUUCGCUCGAGUACCCAUGCUUCCUUCGCUCUUGUGAUCGCAUUAGACAUUUCAAACCAAGUCUAGCUACAAAUGUAGACUAUUAAGGUGGCUAAGAUGUCUAAACAACAAAGUAUUUCUCUUCAUUUCUUCAUUCCUCUCGCUCUCUCUGUGGUGUAAGUGAAUUUAGAUGCCAUAGUUUAGACCCUGCCGAAAUCAACCUCUGUGUGUAAAUAGAAGCAAGAGGUUGAGGGGUGAAACACACGCACUCUUGUUCGCGUUAUUUUCUACAUCUACCGAGUUUUUAAAUCUGUGCAUUAACUAUACGAUACACUUUGGAUGCGUUUGUUUUCUCCGUAGAAUACAAAUCAAAGGGAAUGCGUCUUGCGGCUUGAUGGUUACCGUUGCAGUUGAGAUAUACAGUACAGUCGUGUGGCUUGUGCUUAACUAGUGAGCAUCAUUUAGCUUUGGUCUGGCAGCUUCUGAACAGGAUUUCAGAUUUCCCUUCUCCUCUUUUGCAUAUGUGACAUGAGACAUGACAUCAGUAUACUAAUUUGUGGUAUUUAGACCGGGCCGAUGUACAUUUUGUUGAACUUGUUACGUUAGACAUGUUUUCAAUGUGACUGUGGUUUUAAAUCGUGACCACUCGAAUAGCCUUUUGAGGACUUGAGAGAGAAAAUUUGAUGGGAAUACACGGUUAUGUUAGUUAUUUCUGAAGCAUCCAUUUUGUUGUCUGUCUCUUGUACAGAACGGUGAAAAAAGGCUGAAUAGAAAGUGUCCAAAUAUAAGUGCUUGUUUUUGAGAUGUGAAUCGGGUUACAUUUAAGUUUGUCAUUUUUUCGAUCGUUGUUGUUUGUUUGUUUGUUUGUUUUAAUACCCCCUUGUUUGAUAACGCAACAGUGUUAGUAAUGUCAUUGUAUUUUUUAUGUCUUAUUUGAACUGGAGCCCAAGUCUCAGGUUCAUAUAAUGGCAUUCUUGCAUCUCAGGUAGAAUGCAAAGAUACGGCCCCAUGAUAUGAAAAUUAUUUCAGAACAAAUGAAACACUGAAUUUGACAUGUUUUUAUGUUUAUUUUGUUUAUUUAAUGCACUGUACAUCAUGUACACACUAUAUGAGUAUUACCUUUUAGACCGUCUUCACACAGAGAAAUCUCAAAGGGGUAAAUACACAGUUAUCAAUUCUUGGUCUGGUUCCAGAUAUGUUGGAUUCCUUGAAAGUUUUAUCAUCAUUGUUUUUAGGUUGAGUAUUUUUUGUCUUUCUGCUGUACUUGGGCAAUGUUACUGUGUAUUAAUGAAGAAAAAAUGAUAUCCACAUUCCCAUACACAUUUUGUAUUUGUUCAUAUUAGACAUUUUUACAAAAAAUGGAGAGUUCUUGUCUUAAUAAAAAAGAAAAGAUAUUAAUGUUCAAAGUAA